UAACCACUCUCUUUUUACAAGCACCGUAGUAAAACCCUUGUUUUGUUGUGUCAUGUAAAAAGGGAGAGACACUUUGAAGAAGAAGAAAGAAGAAAGCUUUGAACACAAAAACGCAGCGUUUUAAGGGGAAAAGAGUUGAUUCUGGCUUUCCCAACAAUGGAAGCUUUCAGUCUCCUUAACUACUGGAAAAGCAGUGGUGGUCACGGUGGUGUUACUUUCCUCCCUCCUUCCUCCGAUUCUUCCUCUUCUUCUUGCCGUUACUCCGCCGCCGAUUCCACCGCAACCACCACCAUUGUCACCACCUCCGUCACAGAAACUGAGGAUGAAGAACCCGAUGACGACAACGACAACGAUGAAGGUCCCUUCUUCGACCUUGAGUUCGCUCUUCCAGCUGAAGAAUACGAAGAAGACGACGACGGAGGAAGAGAAGGAGACUCCGUUUCCGAUUGUACGGACGGCGGUUGCGAGUUCAAAUUCACUCUUUCGUCUUGCUCCGGCGGAGAAGAUCGAGCAGAUCCAAACUCCCUCGACGAUGUUUUCGAAGAGGUCGAACCACCGUCUUCUUCAGAGCAGCAGACCUGUUCCGUCAAAGCUCCUGCGGCGCAGUUAUCGGCGUCGAUUUUGAAAUCCGCCACUAAGCUUCGCGUGUUCAUGCUCGGAAUGAAGAAACCGAAGCUCAUCCAAACGAAACCGGAACCUAACUUCGGAUCUGAAGACAUCGUCGACAAACAAAAUCCUCCUCUUCCUCCGCCGCCGUCGUCGUCUCACUCGCCGGAAUCGCAACAGAAAAGUAGUACGGUGACAGUUAAUUUAAAAGUCGAAGACGUUCCGAUAGUUUCUUUAUUCGCAAGAGAGAACAGUUCCAAGAACUCAUCUUCUUCGUCGUCUUCUUCAUCCUCAUCGUCUUCCUCGUUAAAGAAGCAAAACGGCAACGAGUCUGUCGUUUCAGAUGAGAAACGCUUUAUGAUGAUGCAGAAGUACUUAAAGAAGGUGAAGCCGCUUUACAUCAGAGUCUCGCGUCGUUACGGCGAGAAACUACGACACUCCGAUCCACUAACAGCUCCGUCGUCGUCGGCGAGAUCCACGGCGGAGAAAUCGGAAUCUCCUACGAAGAAGACGAGUAAAACGGGGAACAACAUCAACAUAAACAUCCCAGCAGGGCUUAAAGUAGUGAGGAAACACUUGGGAAAAAGCAGAUCGUCGUCGUCGACGGCGAGUACACCGUCGUCUACGGCUGCGGCGAGUGUAACGACUCAGCAGUCUGAGUCAAGAAGACGCGACGACUCGCUUCUUCAACAACAAGAUAGUAUCCAAAGCGCUAUUUUACACUGCAAAAGAUCUUUCAAUUCCUCUAGAGAUAAGGAUCCGUCGGUGUUACCAAGAUCGGUGAGUGAACCUUCCUCUUACGAGAAAUGAGACAAGAAAAAAUAUCGUAAUCUUUGGUUUUAGUUUCAAGAGAAUCAAUCUCAACGGUUUUGAUUUUCUCGCAUUAACAACUUAUAUGAUAAGUUAUUGUAAAUAUUUUGUCUUGUUUAGCUUAUUUUGGUCAGAAUUGUAGGCAUUACCAAGUGUCGUGGGUUUUAGAUGUUGGUCAUGUAGUUUUGAUGAUGACUAUUGAAACUUUGGAACAUAAAAAGGGUUAAUUAAGAAGAAAGAUGUAGGAUUCUUUUUUUUUUUUUUUUUCAUUUUUAUGUUAAGACACAACAACUCGCACACCAAAAACAUACUACUAUAUAUGUUAUGAAAUUGAUUAUUGAAGUAUACAAUGUAUCUUAAAGAUUAUAAAUUUGAAAUUAUUGAAAAAUAUGAAGCAAAUAAAAAGCAGUUUUUAAAAGAGGGGAAAAGAUGCUAAAUAUGUCAUUACCUUUGAGUUGAUCCCAUUUUAUAGUAUUAGUUUAUUGUUGUUGUUGUGUGAGUGGUAUAUUUGGUUAUUUGGAAUGACGGAAAGAUAAGUAAUGUGGGGCUAUAUUGGUAAGUGAGAGACGGUGAAAGUUGAGACAGAAACAGUGAAAA